AUGGCUGCAGAUCCAAUGUAUAGGGAUGUUGUAGUCGCUCCACCAAUCAGAUUUCAAAGAAUGACAACAACACAAGGAAAUGAUUUUCAUCCAAGUUUCUUAUCAACAGCUUCAUCAUUGUCUACCAAGAGUACUAAGUCAAGAAUGACUUUAAGCGAACCUCCUUCAUCAUCUACAGUUGCAAUUCCUCCUGCUGAUGAUGCAAGUACACAAAGAAGUGUUCAGCAAAGCAUACCAUCUCAGGCCGGUACAGGCUCUUCACAUUCAUCAAGUUUAGCAUAA